CCCGUGCGUUCUGUUCCAGAACACCUGUUGCAGCCAUGAUGCCUGUUGCAACCGUGAUGCCCGACGACACACCGAUGUUUGACCCAAAUAUUCUGCAUGAACUUGACUGGAGUGAGAACACGACGACGUUUUCCCCUGCUAUUUCUCCUUUAGAUCCAGGGGAUGGCCUAGUUUUGAGACCGCUUUGCACAGCUGAUUUAAAUCGAGGCUUUUUUAAGGUUCUGGGUCAGCUGACUGAAACUGGAGUUGCGAGCCCAGAGCAGUUUAUCAAAACCUUUGAGCACAUGAAGAGAUCUGGAGAUUACUACGUUACUGUCGUAGAAGACACAAAUCUUGGACAGAUUGUUGCUACGGCAACGCUGGUUAUAGAACAUAAGUUCACUCACUCCUGUGCAAAGAGAGGAAGGAUAGAAGAUGUAGUAGUAAGCGGGGAGUGCCGAGGAAAGCAGCUCGGUAAACUAUUAACGUCCACCCUGACAUUGCUAAGUAAGAGACUGAACUGUUACAAAAUUACGCUUGAGUGUCUGCCAAAAAAUGUGGAUUUCUAUAAGAAGUUUGGCUAUUCGGUAUCUGAAGAAAACUACAUGUUUCAACGGUUCUUUAAUUAAAGAACUUCUAGUCUUUUUUUCGUAAAGACUGUUGGUGGAGGAGCUUGUGCUACAAACAUUCUCUUCAUGGAAAAUUUAUAUAGUUUAUUGCUGCAAAUAUAACGAUCCCUAUAAAUAAUGAACAUCAAAUGUGUAAAUCCUGCAAAAAAAAAAAAAGAAAUUAUUGGUGUUUUAGAAGGGUCCUUUGGGUUAGGAAAUGAGUGCUUAGAACUAAUUUUUACUACUGUUCAGUCUAAGUGAAGCUUUUUUUGUUCUAGCUGAGUUACAAAGGACUCUUGUUAAAGGGAUGGUUUUUAACCAAAAGUAUAUAUUUUUAUC